AUUCAAUUUGUCUAACUACCUACUUGUCUACCAGUCUAAAGCACAUUGGAUUCUACUUUAUCAACAUCCCAAUCAGAAAGGCGGGGGUCAAACCCGACUUGCUCCGUACUGCUCCGUACUGCAUGCUAUCAUUUCAUCCCGACAUCCGCCGCUCCGCAACUUCUUGCUCCAAACCACCCACAUCCCACCGAAGAGAAAAAAGUCCCGAUACAUCAUACCUCUAAACAACGAAUAACGGCCACAAUGUCCCUCCGCACCCUCCACGCCCUUCGCACGAAACCCACCUUCACUCUCCACCUCCCCACCCGCCUGUUCUCAACAAACACCACGUUCCUUUCAGUUUCCGACAACGCCCCCUUUGGAUUCCCCCGCUCCCCCGCCCCCCCGCGUCUCCCCAAGGAAGACCAAGAGAUCUUCGAGGAACUUCAACGCAAAUCCACCGGCGCAUUCAGUACUCCGCGCGUCAAUCAAUCGCCCGACGCGGAGCCCGCCGCGGCGGCAACGGCAGCGGAGAUCAACGCCACAGGCAAGGGGGAGGAGCUCCAUCCGGAUAUAAAAAGCGGACCGAAGCCUGAGUUUGAGGGAGAGAAGAAUCCCAAGACAGGGGAGGUGGGGGGACCGAAGAAUGAGCCGUUGAGGUGGGGAGCUGAGGGGGAUUGGAGUUAUGGGGGGAGGGUGACGGAUUUUUGAAGUAUAGAAGUGGUUUUUUU